UAAGUUAACACCACUUCUGAUUGCUACAACAGCUUUAUUUACUUUACAUUAAUUGCAGGUUUUUACAUUCAUUUUCUUAUGUUCAUACAAGACUUUAUACUUAUUUACCUAUCUAACUGCUGUGGGUAGGAGGAGGGAGGGUUAUUAGGUUUCUCAGCCAAAACAAAGGCACGCGUUUCUUUAAUACGCACUCUCCGUACGACGAAUACAGGUGAGUGAUUCAACGUGCUCCUGCUGUGGUCUGCAAUUUUAUGAAACGAUUAAGUCAUAAUUAAAAGUGUAUUCUGUAUUUUUAGUUUUAUUUAGGGCAAACAAAUCAUUAAAAACUUACUACCCUUUUAAUUAUGCACAUGUUUGUCAUUUAAUCUGUCUAUAAAAAAAGUAGUCAAAAUGGUAGUGUUAUCAGUCUGAAUAAUAAGUUUUAUGAACUUGCAUAAUAAAGCUGACCCAAUUAGACCAUAAACAUAUUAGACACUGGUCAUUUGUGAGCAACUACCCCUAGUAGUGAAUCAUUGGAUUUUCGAAACGUUUCAAACAGUGGCCUUGUCCCAAAUGGCCCACUCCGGACUUAUGGACCUCCUCAGAGUCCACACUUUGAUGACAUCAUGUGGUGCAGACCUUAGGGACCCUGACGCGAGUCUAAGAGGGCGCUCCAGAGUCGCAUUUUGGGACAGACUCGAGAGUCAUGCCGGAAAUAGGAAGAGAAGUUGCCCAUCAGUGUGAACUCCUCCCUUCCAUCAUCUGAUUGGUCUAAUUCCUCUUUAGCAAGGACUUCUGGGUUGGUAAAGUGCACAAAGCCUGCUGUAGUGCGUGCUUCGCCGAAGACCGCAUCAAGGGUGCAAAGGGGGUGCUGAUGAGCACAGUUCGGAGCUUAAAAAUUACAGAUGGGACACCCUACAGACUCGUAGACUAAGCGAGCACGUGCAAUUUAAGGCCACAAGACCAAAAGUCCACAUGAAGUGCGCCAUUUGGGACUGGGCCAUUUAUGACAUAAAGAAGCCUAGUUUGCUAAAAUCACAUGACUUGGCCAGUUGGAUACACGCUCCCAACCACAAUUCAAAACAAAAGAUUCAUAAAUGUUCUCAUAAAGCUGUGUUUUAAAAGUGACCACGCGUGCAAGGUUUCGUCUUUUUAUAGGAAACAAACCACCUGAAAACCUGCCGGAAACUAAUGCUCAGGUGUGCCUCAUACAUCUUGAAAAGUGAAGCCGCUGGCUCUUUGAUUAAUACCGCGGCUCUGCCUUUGGCUCCACGGACGAUUCCUUCUGCACAUGCCCUGGUUCCAAACUGCCGUUUUUACGUAACAUAGCAGCGUCCAUGGUCGGACAUUUUUGGCUUCAAUUUAUUACAGUGGAAGGAAGCGAUGUCGGGACGUCCAUUGUUUUUUACAGUCUAUGAUACAGCUUUAUCUGGGUACUUUGAGUUAUCUUGACCGAGAUCGAUGCAGUUAAAAAAUAAAUUUUAUUAAAUUAUUUAUUAAAUUAAGAUGUUAUUUACAAAUGAGCAGACUUAAUGCCUGUUUGUCUUGUUUAAACUUUAAACUUGUUUAAAUUCAUCUAAUGCUAUGUAAAUACCAAACACGAAGCAUCGCAUUCCUUGCUCUAGAUUAAUCACAGUAUACAUUGUGUUAUGCAAAUGUUUCGCUUGAGUUGAAUAUUUUCAACUUGCGCGAAGACGUAUUUGAGGCCAUAAGCGCAUUUUUGCAGCAAUCGCACCGCCAAUUCGCGCCAUUCGCAUCGCUCUAUUUCACGUCUAUUCACAUCUUUGCAUUGAUUUGUGUGUAAUCUACUCCCACAAAUCGUAGAAUUCGCCUUUGGUGUGUGUGCCCCAUUAAAGUCGCUAUAACAUUUUUUUCUUGUGGAAGGUUUGGCAUUUUUUACUAAUUUAAUACACUCUGGGGAUUUCUUUAGUAAAAAACAACCGGAUGGCUGUACGUCUUCCCUUAGUUAACAUGCUUAGUUUGUUACUUCAAUACGUUAGUUAUCGUAUAGCCUUAGUAUAGAAAAAUGCACUAAGUAUGGGGGAGAUGUGGAGAUGGUGCUACAAUCGGUGGACCUGUUGCGUUUCUGAAGAGAAGAGGUACGCAAUCGCUGUAAACAAUGAAAUUAAUCGCAUCCUGUUAGAGCAGAAGAAUCGAGAACGCAGAGAGAUCAAAGUGCUUUUAUUAGGCACUGGAGAUAGUGGGAAGACGACUUUUAUUAAACAAAUGAGGAUAAUUCACGGAAAUGGUUUUUCGGAGGAAGAAAGACGUGUUUUUGCUAAACUGGUCCACCAGAAUAUCUUUACAGCUAUGACGGCAUUGACAGGGGCUAUGACCACACUGAAGAUUCCUUAUGCCAACCCACAAAAUGAGGUGUACGGCCAACAGUUUCAGGAAGUAGAAAUAAAUGGCAUGACAGUUUUGAAAACAACCUAUUUUGAAGAAGUUCGUCGACUUUGGAGUGACACGGGUAUCAAAUUGUGUUACGGUCGCCGUAAAGAGUACCAGCUACUAGACUCAACAGAAUACUUUAUGAAAAAUUUAGACCGUAUCGCAUCUGCAGACUACAUCCCCACAGACCAGGAUGUGCUCAGAGUCCGGUUCCCCACCAAAUCCAUCAAUGAAUAUUCUUUUAAUUUGAAGAAUAUCACCCUCAGGAUUGUGGAUGUCGGAGGUCAGAAGUCAGAAAGGAGAAAAUGGAUCCAUUGCUUUGAAUAUAUGACAUCACUUAUAUUUUUAGCUUCUCUCAGCGACUAUGACCAAGUGCUGGAGGAGAAUAACAAAGAGAACCGCAUAAAGAAGAGCUUAUCGCUGUUUCACACUAUCAUUCACUCGCCAUGGUUCGCCAAGGCCUCCAUCAUCCUUUUCCUGAACAAGAAGGACAUCUUUGAGGAAAAGAUCCAGAUAUCAGACUUACAAACAUAUUUCCCUGAUUUUCAAGGCAAACGUUGCGACUCGAAAGAAGCCAUGGAGUUCAUCUUGGAGACUUAUCAACAGAAGGCCAUCAAUGUCCAGAACAAAGAAUGUAAAGACAUCUACUCUCACUUCACCUGUGCAACGGACACGGAUAACAUCCGAAAUAUUUUUAAUGAUGUGAAAGAGACUGUACUUAUUGCAGCUCUGAACGAGCAUGAAUUAAUCUAAAAUGGUUAAAAAAAGCACCAAUGAAGCACUGAUCCUUUUAGGAUGAAGGGCACCAAGUGCAGGUCUUGCUUUGGCCCGAGCACGAUAGUAAACAAGUUAGUCCAUUCACACUGCACAUGCAUGUGUGGCAGAAGCAGCACUGAAGCAGCAGUGCCAAGUUUGUUUCGCCGUUGGAUCUGUUUUUGAAGCACUGGUCACGCUCAAUUAAAGUAAUAGUGCCUUGUUUAAGGUGCAGAUUGAUUGAUGCGAAAAAGCAACAAUGUUGUUGAUAUCCAUAAUAAAAACAGGGAACUGAACAGCAGGGAAAUAUGAGGAGAACAAGACAGCAAAAGACAACACUGAACUAGACUUUCAAAAUAAAAGCAUAAGACAGCGGAUCAUAACACUUUCAGCCUGCAUUGCUGAAAGUGUUUGUGAAUGUGUAUUAAAGCCUAAAAAUGUACACUUUUGUCUUGCUGAAAAAAUAUUUAAAUAUUUAUAAAUACAUACAUUUAUUUAUGUUUACUGUUUAAAUUGAUUUAAUGUUGAAAGUUUUGUAUGGCCAGAAUAUUUAGUGUGAAACAUUUCAAACUGUAGCUGGUCACAUAUAGUACAGGGGUUUUAGCAUAUUAAACAUGAAAGAAAGUAACAUCAAAUCACAUACAGGACCAAAUUAACUAACAAUAUGCGCCAGCGCA